GGGUAAUAAUUCACUCUGGCUUGUUGCUUCUAAUAGUCGUUCCUUUUAAUCUGAGCUUCUGCAGUGAGACAUCUUAUGAAAAGGACAAAGUGAUGAGUUGUGAAUAAAAAUUAUUUGGCUGUUUAUAUUUGGCGGAAUAUCCUAGAACUUCAACCACAAAGCUAAUCUAGACAUACUAAGUUGGGGUCUGCAGUAUAUGUGUAUUUCCACUCACAGAACUGCUGCUCACAGACUUUGUGUACUUAUGGGUCACAUCAGGUUCCUCCUUGCAUUCCUUAUAAUCCUGGCCUCUGUCACGGCCAUUUCUGGCUGUUACUGUGAUCAUUAUGCAUGGAGCUCGUGGUCCUAUUGCACCAGGACUUGUGACCAGGGGACUCAGGAACGUACCAGAAAUGUCCGGUAUGAUGACCACUGGAAUAAGAACAAUUGUGGCCAACUGUGCCAGACAUAUGAGCGCCGGACAUGUAAUGUGGAUCCGUGUCCAAUAAACUGCCAACUGACUGAGUUUGGACCCUGGUCAGAGUGUUCACCCUGUGCCAAAAAAAUGUUCAGAACCAAGUCUGUCCUGAGGCCAGCUCAGUUUGGGGGACAGGACUGCAAUGAACCUCUGAUGGAGGAAAGACCUUGUCAUUCUUCUAAAGAAUGUGGAAUUGAAAAAGGCAAUUGCAAGGACAAAUUCACCUGUGAUAACGGCAGAUGUAUAAAAGCUAUUCUUGAGUGUAAUGGCCAGAAUGACUGCCUGGACAACUCUGAUGAGAAGAACUGUGGCCAAAUCAAACGGGUGUGUGCUACAGAAAGAGUGUUUUAUGUCCUUCCUGGAGUGGAUCUGAUUGGCAACGGGUUUGAUGCAGUUGCAGAGCAGAUGAGGGGUGCGGUCCUAGACAACUCCAUCAUGGGAGAUGAAUGUCUCUUAAACCGCAGCAAAGCAAACAGGAAAGUCUAUCGAAUCCCAGCCAACAUCGAGAGCUAUGAAAUCAAUGUGGAAACACUUGAGGAUAUUGAGGAGAACCCGCCAGUGCAAACUCAGCAGGUCACUUCGAAAAGUCAGACCUCAUAUUCUGGACCGAUUUAUCCACAGGACUUUUCCUUUAGAAUUCCCAUCUUUCUGAGAAUCAUCCGAAACUCUCUACAGUCCAAAUCCUUCAAGGAAGAAAUGAGUGCAUUUCAAAAAAAGGACUCGGAGUAUUUCAGGCUAAACCAGGAUAUAGCCACGUCCACUUUCAGAACAAAAUCAUCUGACUUGUACCUAUCGCACCCCUUCCUGACCUUCCUCAACAGCCUACCUCUGGACUACAACUACGCCCUCUACAGGCAGAUCUUUCAGCAGUUUGGGACCCAUUACUUUAGUUCUGGUACACUGGGAGGGCGGUACGACCUGCUUUUCCAAUAUGAUCGUGAACAGCUCAAGACUCAGGGUUUAACACAGGAGCAGACAAGAAACUGCAUCCGAAAUGAAUAUUCCAUCUUCCUCUUUAUUUAUUUUUCAAGGUCACAUAGCAAUAGAUGUGGUACCAACACUCAGACCACCACAUAUGAAGGAUCCUUCUUGCAGACGUCAGAGAAAUCCAUAUCAUCAGUGAAGGGAGGAAGAUCAGAAUAUGCUGCAGCUCUGGCCUGGGAACAGAAAGGUGCUCCACCAGACAGCACGACUUACAAGGACUGGAUCAAAUCUACUAUAGACAACCCCACUGUCAUAGACUAUGAGCUGAAGCCCCUGUUGGAUCUAGUACGUGGCAUUCCCUGUGCCGUGACUAAGAGACGACACAUGCAGAAGGCUCUGAAUGAGUAUCUGGCAUCCUUUGACUCAUGUAAAUGUGCCCCCUGUCCCAACAAUGGCCGUCCCACCUUGUCAGGGACAGAGUGUGUGUGUAUCUGCCAGACUGGAACCUACGGGGCCAACUGUGAGAAACGGGCCAAGGACUACACUUCAGAGGCAGUUGAUGGCUACUGGAGCUGCUGGAGCUCAUGGAGUGUCUGUGAUUCAACCUUAAGGAGGCACCGCACUCGCUCCUGUAACAACCCUGCUCCUCAGAAAGGAGGGAAACCCUGCCAGGGCCCUGAGCGCCAAGAGGAGGAGUGCACCAUUUCUAUAUUCCAACAGAAGGAUGUGUGCAUCAAUGAUGAUGACUUUGAGUCUGAGGGAGACAGUGAGAGCGUUCUGCCUCCAGGAGUUUCUGGCUGUGCCAAACCUAAACCUCCUGCCCACAGCUACCUGAGGAUCAAUAAGCGAGUGUAUGAUUAUGGAGAUCAUGAGGAGUUUGUGUGCUUCUCUGGUUUUGAGCUGAAUGGUUACCAGCUCAUUCAUUGUCAGCAGGAUGGAACAUGGGAGGAAGCAAAGGGCAGCUGCGUCAAGAGGGUAUGUUCCAGACCUAAAGUGCCAAACGACAUGAACAUAAGCCCAAGCAAAGAGGAGUACAAUAUUGGCUCCAGUUUCUCUCUGAGCUGCUCGGGCAGUGCCAGGAGCCCAUCAGGACCACGUUACUACAUCUGCACCAAAGAACUCACCUGGGACCCAUCCAUCCCUAAUGACAUACAAUGCAAAAAUGAUGAGCCCUUUAUACCAGACAGUAGCUGUGGGAUGGGAAAGCGGCGUGUGGGUUCCACGUGUGUCUGCAUUCCUCGAGAAGACUGCAGGAAGUAUAAUAACGACAUUUGUGCUUUGGACGCGACAAAAGGCAGCGCCCUGAUGAUGUCCUUAUGCUCCUUUCACGCUGACCGUUGCCAUGGAGACAAGCUACACUUCAUUAAUGACGGUCCAUGUAAAGGGGAUGUGAACUGGGCCAUAUUCAGGGCCAGCAUUUCUGAGAAGAGCUCGGUGCAGGAGCCAUGUGGAUCAGACACCUGUUACGAGUGGGAGACCUGCUCAGCAUUGGGUGUGUGUGUGUGCAAACCUCCCAGAAAUUGUCCAAAGACCGAGGGACAAACCUACUGUGUAAAAAUCGUGAGACUUCAGCGCCAGCAGAGCAUCAGUCUGUGUACCAUAGCUGCCAUGAAGUGCAGCGGCUUUGACUUGGAAAUUCUUCAUGAAGGUGUAUGUUAAAGCCUAUAAAUAGAUUUAUACUCAAUAUCUACACACAGAACAGCUGAUCCUGUGACAUAUUCGUCCUCUACGUAUACCUGUUCACUCAGCAUUUUCUACUGAUAUCUUCAACCACAGAGCUUACAUUUUAUACACAUUUUCACUCGGAAUUACUUGGUAUUAAAUAUUUAUGUGGAGCACUAUUUUGAAUAAAGCUAUUUUCAAGUGUAA